CAGAAAGUGAAACCAGCAGCAGCGGCAGAACGAGCAACACAGAAUAAAACACUUGCGACGAAUAAAAAGAACCUCCUGCAGUGAUCUGAGAGGACGAGGCUGUGAUGGACAGACUGAAGUUGUCCCGCAUAGACGAGGAGCUGGAGUCGUCUGAGGUCCAAGCUCUCUGCUUCUUAUGUCGUGAUGUCAUCAACAGGAAACGCCUGGAGGGGAUCGCGGAUGCAAAAAGUCUGUUCCUGAGACUGGAAGAAAAAUGUCUGCUGGAGAACGAUUCCUUCCUGGUUCAGCUGCUCCAAACUAUCCGUCGAGCAGAUCUGCUAAACCUCCUGGAGACAGACAGCAGCCGGCAAGAAGAGACCGACGCAAACCCACCGCUGUCAGAAUACAGGGUGAUGCUCUACAGAGUCUAUGAGGACAUGACGACGGAAAAUCUUGAAAAGAUGAAGUUUCUUUUGAGCAACAAACUAGGCAGAAGACAAACUGAGAAUUGCAAUACAGCCCUGGAUGUGUUUGCUGAAAUGGAAAAGACUGGUAUACUAUCAGAUACAAACCUCCAGGAGCUGCUUACAACGCUGCAGCAGUUCGAUCAACAACUGGUGGCGACCGUUCAUCACUACGUGGACAGGCGAAACCAGCUGCCUCCAACCAGAACAACUCCUCAAGUCACCAUGUACCAGACACCCAACAACAACAACACCACCCGUCAGCCAGCCGAACCUAUGGAAGUGUCCAUGUCUCAGCCCACCUACAGAAGAGAAGAUAGUCUUUGCUCCGAUGCAGAACCAAGGCCUCUCCAUUCUCCUGAUGAUAAGGAUUACUACGACAUGAAUCAUAACCCACGUGGUUUGUGCGUGGUCAUCAAUAACGAGGAAUUCCCUGGAACAAUGCUGGGCACUCGAAGAGGAACUCAGGAGGAUGCAAAGGUUCUGGACACAACGUUCACCCGGCUCGGCUUCACUGUGGAGAUUCACAAAAACUUGACUGCAGAAGAAAUGCGACUUAAACUACGAGAGCUGGGCAAAAGGAACUUUUUGAAUGAUGACGCUUUGGUGGUUUGUGUGCUUUCCCAUGGAGAAGAGGGAACUGUCUUUGGGACGGAUGAGAAGCAGGUUUCCUUGCGGGACCUGACUCAGCCCUUUAAAAGCGUGGGCGCUCCGACCCUGGCAGGGAAGCCCAAACUCUUCUUCAUCCAGGCCUGUCAGGGUAGCGGCUACCAGAGAGGAUCCGUCCCAUGUCCGCCGCUGCCAAGUGCUGCGAGCGGAGACAAACAGAGCCGCCUGGAGGAAGACGCUGGUCCUGUACGAGGCAAGACGGUGCCCUGGGACGCUGACUUCCUGCUGGGCAUGGCCACCGUGCCCCAGUGCAAGUCGUUCCGAAACACCUCCAUGGGCUCCAUCUACAUCCAGGAGCUCUGCAGGCAGCUGAUUAAAUCAGCAGAAAGCUCUGAGACGGAUCAUAUCCUGGACGUGCUGACUCGUGUGAACCGGGAGGUGAGCGAAGGAGAAUAUCUGAACUACAAACAGAUGCCAGAGCCCAAAUACACCCUCACCAAGAAACUCGUCCUCAAAUUUGUGUGAGCUGCCCGGGAUGGAGCACUACGCUGAUCAUGUGCCAAAUCAGACUGCUGGCUGCUUUACUGUGAACGACUGGUUGUGUGUGUGUUUUUAAUCUCCUGCUGCUUGGAUAAAUGUGUUUAUUAUGUUUGUUAUCCUGAGAAUCUGAUGUCUCUUCAUAUUGUGGAGGGAAAUAAAACAAGCCCCAUGAAAUAUAAAAUGUUUCAGAUGCCACAAAUAUCCUUUUUUGACAUUUUUAUAAUCAUUUAGGAAAAAUAAACAAUAGUAAAAAUUUGGAAA